CCUACGUGCACUGCUCAAAUGUGUCCUCCGCGGAGCACUUCCGGCGCCGCCUGUGAGGUUGUUUUACGAGAAGCAGGUUAUGGAAAACGUCGUUUCAGUGACAGACCGAUUUUCCCAGAGAAUAAACGGACACAGUGAGUUGGCGCUGCUCAUCGAAACAGGAUGGCCUCCCCUUCCCCCCAUGACCGCAGACGUAAAGACGAGGAUGAGGAUGACCCUGUUGAACAGAUGAUAUCACGCACCGGCUGUGCAGAGCUGCACUACGCUGUGCAGGAGUGCAUGGCUGAAAACCAGGACUGGCGUUUGUGCCAGAGCCACGUCAAGACUUUCAAAGACUGCAUGAUGAACUUCCAAAUCGCACGAAAACAACAGUUGAUGAAGCAGCAGCAGCCAACCGCCAGCAAGUCUGCACCCAGCUGAACUUACCAGACCCUCUGAAAAGACUGUACGUGACUUAAUUGUUAUUUAGAAAAUAAGUAUGAUGAGUGGCAAUAAAAAUUCUGACCUGGA